AUGCACAAAGCCAUUUAUUUCAUUUCCAACCUUUUAUUGCUGAACAGCUUUAGCACUUUGCAAACUGAGUACCUCGUGCUUCGGCUCAAUCCUAAAGAGGGCCAGGAGUCCCCCCCUGAGCCCAGGGUAACGCUUAAAGUUGGGGGGCAGCCGGUUACUUUCCUGGUAGACACAGGAGCCCAGCAUUCAGUCCUCACUCAAGCUUCAGGACAACUCAGCGACCGGACGGCCUGGGUACAAGGAGCUACUGGUGAGAAACAAUACCGAUGGACUACGGACCGCCGGGUUCAGCUGGCUACCGGUAAGGUGACCCAUUCCUUCUUACAUGUUCCGGACUGCCCGUACCCUCUGCUGGGCCGUGACCUGCUCACCAAACUAAAAGCACAAAUUCAUUUUGAGGAAGGAGGGGCCCAAAUAACUGGCCCCCACGGAACUCCCCUUCAAGUUCUAACCCUACAAUUAGAGGAUGAAUAUAGACUAUAUGAACUGGGACAGGACAAGCCACAAUCCCAAGAAAUAGGCACUUGGGUCACGAAUUUUCCACUGGCUUGGGCAGAGACUGGUGGGAUGGGGUUGGCGCUCCAACAGCCCCCCUUAAUUAUACAGUUAAAGGCCACUGCAACUCCAGUCUCCAUAAAACAAUACCCUCUGUCACAUGAAGCUUAUCAAGGCAUAAGGCCUCACAUUACGAGGCUUCUGGAUCAAGGCAUCCUAGUUCCCUGCCGGUCGCCUUGGAAUACGCCUCUUCUGCCUGUAAAGAAACCCGGCACUGGAGAUUAUAGGCCAGUACAAGACUUGAGAGAGGUCAACAAGAGGGUAGAAGAUAUUCAUCCGACUGUUCCAAACCCUUACAAUUUGCUCAGUACACUGCCCCCUACACAUACUUGGUAUACGGUUUUGGACCUGAAAGAUGCCUUCUUUUGCCUCCGGCUGAGCCCGAAAAGCCAACCCUUAUUUGCCUUUGAGUGGAAAGACCCUGAAGUAGGGCUUUCAGGACAAUUAACUUGGACAAGACUGCCUCAAGGGUUUAAAAACAGCCCAACGCUCUUUGAUGAGGCCUUACAUCGGGACUUAGCUGACUUUAGGGUUCAGCAUCCCACCCUCAUACUCCUGCAAUAUGUAGAUGACCUCCUCCUAGCGGCCACUUCUGAAACUGCAUGCCAACAGGGAACUGAAUCCCUCUUACAGACUUUGGGACAAUUGGGCUACCGAGCCUCUGCCAAAAAGGCUCAAAUUUGCCAGACCCAGGUUACUUAUUUAGGCUACCAGCUACGGGAUGGACAGCGAUGGCUGACCCCGGCCAGGAGACAGACUGUGGCCGGCAUCCCUGCCCCCAAGAAUGGCCGACAGCUACGAGAGUUCUUGGGGACAGCGGGAUUCUGCCGCCUCUGGAUUCCUGGGUUUGCUGAAAUGGCAGCCCCUUUGUACCCCCUCACUAAACCGGGGGUGCUCUUCCAGUGGGGACCAGAGCAGCAAAAAGCAUUUGAAAACAUCAAACAGGCCUUAUUGUCCUCCCCUGCCUUGGGUCUCCCUGAUAUUACCAAACCUUUUGAACUGUUCAUCGAUGAGAAACAGGGGUAUGCUAAAGGGGUCCUAACACAAAGGUUGGGACCCUGGAAACGCCCUGUAGCCUACCUGUCUAAGAAAUUGGACCCUGUGGCCUCCGGCUGGCCACCGUGCCUAAGGAUGGUGGCUGCUAUUGCUGUCCUGAUCAAGGAUGCUGGAAAAUUGACUUUGGGACAGCCACUCACCAUCCUAGCACCCCACGCAGUGGAGGCCUUGGUAAAGCAGCCCCCAGACCGCUGGCUCUCUAAUUCCCGCAUGACCCACUACCAAGCCUUGUUACUGGAUGCAGAACGGGUUCAGUUUGGGCCCGUAGUCGCCCUCAAUCCUGCCACCUUGCUUCCUCUACCAGAGGAGGCAGAACAACAUGACUGCCUACAAAUCCUCGCAGAAGUACAUGGAACCAGGCCGGACCUAUCGGACCAGCCUCUUCAGAAUGCUGACCACACAUGGUACACGGAUGGCAGCAGCUUCUUGGCAGAGGGAGAGCGAAAGGCUGGAGCUGCGGUCACUACGGAGGACAAAGUAAUUUGGGCAAAAGCCCUGCCUGCUGGUACCUCCGCACAACGGGCUGAACUCAUCGCCUUGACUCAGGCGCUCAAGAUGGCAAAAGGACACCAGAAGGGGCACAACCCAGAGGCACGAGGAAACCGGCUGGCCGAUGCCACGGCGCGAGAAGUGGCCAUGAGCAAACAAAUCUUACCCUUAAAUAGCCCAGACCAACCCACGCCCCCACCAGUGGGACAAACCAGUUGGGUUUAUGCCCAUGAGGACAUAGAGCUCCUAGAAAAAAUGGGGGCCAUCUACCACCCUCAACUAAAACAGUGGGUCUACAAAGGAAAGACAGUUAUGCCAAUAAAAAUGACUUUUGAAUUGAUCUCUUUUUUACACAAAUUAACCCAUUUGGGGUUUAAGAAGAUGAAAACCUUACUAGAUCGGGAAGAGAUAAAUCUGUGGUUUUUGAAUCGGGACAAAGCGAUACAAAAGGUGACUGAGAGUUGCAAAGCGUGCGCUCAGGUUAACCCGGGAAGGACCAUGAUUGGACAAGGAGUUCGUCCUAGGGGACACCGUCCCGGCAUCCAUUGGGAAAUUGAUUUUACUGAAAUUAAACCAGGUAUGUAUGGAUACAAGUAUCUCCUAGUGUUUGUAGACACCUUCUCAGGAUGGGUCGAAGCCUUCCCCACAAAGCACGAGACUGCAAAAAUGGUCACCAAGAAGCUCCUCGAGGAAAUCUUUCCCAGGUAUGGCAUGCCUCAAGCGUUGGGGUCGGACAACGGGCCCGCUUUCGUCUCCCACGUAAGUCAGUUGGUGGCCAAAUUGCUGGGGAUUGAUUGGAAAUUACAUUGUGCCUAUAGACCCCAGAGUUCAGGUCAGGUAGAACGCAUGAAUAGAACAAUUAAGGAGACUUUAUCCAAACUUACGCUUGCAACUGGCUCAAAGGAUUGGGUGACCCUCCUUCCCCUAGUUCUCUAUCGGGCCCGGAAUACCCCGGGCCCCCAUGGUCUAACUCCUUUUGAAAUAAUGUAUGGAGCACCACCCCCAUUUGUCCAUUUCUUUGAUUCAAACAUUGCUGAUUUCACUGACAGCCCUUCUCUGAGGGCCCAUUUACAGGCCCUACAGAUUGUGCAGAAAGACGUCUGGAGACCUUUGGCCGCUGCUUACCAGGACGAGCUUGAGCAUCCGGUGGUGCCACACCCGUUCCAGAUUGGAGACACCGUGUGGGUGCGCAGACACCAGACCAAGAAUCUCGAGCCACGGUGGAAAGGACCCUACACCGUCCUCCUGACUACCCCGACCGCCCUAAAGGUAGACGGAGUCGCGGCUUGGAUCCACGCAUCACACGUCAAGGCAGUCCGGUCUGAGGAAUUGACUAAUCACAACACUACACCCCAGACAUGGAGAGUUCAGCGCACUCCAAACCCCUUAAAGUUAAAACUCCUACGUGGCUCCUCCUAGUCCUUUUGUGGCCUAGAGUCAGUGGGGGAAUAAGCCCCCACCACAUUUAUAACAUUACCUGGAUAGUCACUAAUCUCAUGACAGGAAGGCUGGCUAAUGCUACCUCCGUAAGGGGGACACUGGCCGAUGCCUUCCCUCCCUUAUACUUUGACCUUUGUGAUGUGAUAGACUACAAGUGGGAGCCUGGCACUACCCAUAAUUGGCAUCCCUCAACCACCUACUAUGGUUGCGGUCCGGCUUCCCACAGCAAAGAGAUCUACGUUUGCCCUGGACACAGAGUGAGCCGGCAGUACGGAGGGCCGGGGAGUGGGUACUGUGCCCAGUGGGGAUGUGAGACUACUGGGGAUGCGUAUUGGAAGCCAUCCUCAUCUUGGGACCUGAUAACUCUGAAACGAGACGGUCGGCCUCCUUACACCUUGUGUAAACGGGACGCGAAAUGCAAUCCCCUCGUCCUCCACUUCACCGACUCAGGUAGAAGAGCGACCUGGGACGGGCCCAAAUCUUGGGGCCUGCGCUUAUACGUCACAGGGACCGAUCCGGUGGGUCUGUUCUCUCUAAAUAGACAAGUCUCUCCCCUGGCCACUCGACCCAUUGGACCCAACCCAGUUCUACCAGAUCAGAAGCCUCCCUCGCUCCCGGCACAAGCCCAACCCCCGUCAUUGCCUAAGGUCACCCAGGCCCCUGGUAGUACUCCCACAAGCCCCUUCUCCACAACGGGGGGCUCCACCAUUUUGAUCUCCCCAUCGCCAGGCACCGGGGAUCGAUUAUUCAAUUUGGUGGCUGGUGCAUAUCUGGCUCUCAACUAUUCAGACCCUUUUAGGACUCAGGAGUGCUGGUUGUGUCUCGUUUCCGGUCCGCCCUAUUAUGAAGGGGUAGCAGUCAUUGGAAAUUACACCAACCUGACUGCUGCCCCAGACAGUUGUGCCAAUACCCCCAGCCACAGACUAACUCUGCCCGAGGUCUCGGGACGAGGGCUCUGCUUGGGGAAUGUACCCCCCACACACCAGACCCUCUGCAACACCACUCAGAAGAUUCCCAUCGGGAACUACUUCCUGGCAGCCCCAAAAGGCACAUACUGGGCCUGCAAUACCGGACUAACACCCUGUAUCUCAGCCACAGUCCUCAACCAAUCCUCUGACUAUUGUGUAUUAGUAGAAAUUUGGCCCAAAGUCACCUACCAUGAAUCCGAGUAUAUAUACUCGUUUUUUGAGAAACAGACUCGUUUUCGACGAGAGCCUGCCACCCUGACUUUAGCUUUACUCCUAGGAGGAAUCACCUUGGGGGGAGUGGCCGCGGGUAUAGGGACCGGGACCACUGCACUCAUUGAAACUGGCCAUUUCCGUCAGUUACAAGCAGCCAUGAAUGCAGAUCUUAAAGCUAUAGAAGAGUCUGUGAGUGCAUUAGAAAAGUCCUUAACAUCGUUGUCUGAAGUGGUCCUCCAAAAUAGACGAGGGCUAGAUAUGUUGUUCCUCCGCGAGGGUGGAUUAUGUGCUGCUCUAAAAGAAGAGUGCUGUUUCUAUGCAGACCAUACUGGAAUAGUAAGAGAUAAUAUGGCUAAGCUUCGAGAACGCCUGGCCCAAAGACAAAAACUGUUUGAUUCCCAACAGGGAUGGUUCGAGGGGUGGUUUAACCGAUCCCCUUGGUUUGCUACCCUCCUGUCUACCCUGAUGGGACCCCUACUUAUUCUUCUCCUAAUUCUUCUUUUUGGACCCUGCAUCCUUAAUAGGCUGGUACAGUUCAUGAGGGAUAGACUUUCAGUCAUUCAGACCCUCGUACUGACGCAGCAGUACCAUAGGCUGAGACAACAAGAGACAGAAAUUUCUUGACCAAGUUGAGUGAAAGAUUUCACUCAAAGUUAGCAAAAAAAUGGGGGAAUGAAAGACCCCAGCUUAGCAGCAGUAACGCCAUUUUGCAAGGCUGUACUUAAGAUGACUGGUUCAGGGAAAGGUUAGAACACUGAGUAUACAGCGGCUGCCAAGCAGGAGAUGUUUGGUUGAAGGCCUGGCAACAGGAUGACUGGGGUUGAGCACCUGACAAUAAGAAAAAGCCCCGGGAGAGGUCCCACACCCUGGUGGGGGGCCGAGUCAGUUGUUAUGUUUCAAGAAGGUAGCUUGGAAACUUGCCCCCAGGCUAAACUCUUGGGGGGCCGAGUCAGUUGUUAUGUUUCAAGAAGGUAGCUAGGAAACUUGCCCCCGGGCUGAACCCUUUGGGGGCCGAGUCAGCCGUUAUGUUUCAGGAAGGUAGCUAGGAAACAUUAGAAUCCACCAAUGAUAUCCCUGUAACCAUGCAUCUGCUUCUGUAUGCUUGCUUCUGCUCCCCAAAAUCCUAUAAAAAAGCCCAUCCUUGGUUCCGUGGGCGCGCCAGUCCCCUGAGCGACUGAAGCGCCCACAGGUACCUGUGUAUCCCGACAAUAAAUCAAAUCCUCUUGCUGAUUGCA